CGGUGGUAGGUGGUGGACGGCGGACGGCCAUCGGUCGCGGUUCAGUAAUCGUUAGCGAGCCUCGCGACCAGCCGCCCCACGCGGCCCCGCGCGCCACGCUAAUCAAAUAAACCCGCCACAUCGGAACGCGCACACGUAUACGCGUAAGCCGAUAACGAUGUGACGCAAGGAUGCCGCCCGGCCAACUCACCGAUGAGGCAACGGACGCGUUCACGAUCAUCAACCACGACGAUGUCGAGCGAUCCGACGGUGACGUCACGAUCGUCGAGAAUCUGUUGUUGCCGAAGAACGUAAACAUUGUGAAGCCGCUGCAGCGCGAUGAGGAUUGCUCGCCUCUCGACGGCACUACGGGGGAGCGAAUGACGGGGAGCAUGGCCGCACCGGUCGCGCCGCAGACCAUUCUCGAUCCGAAGUUCACGAGAGCGCUCGACUUCAAACUUCGGAGGCUGAAAGAUAAAGAAAUACUCCAAGCGAACCUACGCCGCCCGACGCGUUACAAGCCACGAAACGGCAUGCUAACUUCAUCUAACCAAUCCAAUCCGAACAUCAGCACGAAAGAACACCUGCCAAACGGCAAACUGAGCCAUUCACACCCAAGAAUCGACAUUAUCCCCCCCGAAAAUGGAAAGAAGCUAUUUCCUAAGAUCGACAAGAGUCCUUCACCAGGGCAGAAGAGCAGAUCAAAAAAUGGUUCCGAGAGCGAUAAGCCUCGUUUCAUCACGACCGUCAAGACUGGAACGUUUCUACUGCCGCCACCAGAAGUUGCAACUUUACUCGGAUUGGAGACCCUAUAUCCGAAACAAGAGCGAGAGAAGAUAGUGUAUUCUUACGCAAGCAAACCGAAGGCCUUGACAUCUCGCGCAAAACGAAGCGUGCCUGAGAAAAGAGAAGAAAUUCUGCCCAACGGUGGUCCUAAUGUUCCAAUAAAACGACCGAACGCCGGUGAAAUGUUCAGUGGCGUCAGAGCCCUAAUCGCUGGCGUUGUCGGAAUAAGUAAUCUCGCUGGGAAGCCGCAAAAUGGCAGCAUUACCGCGAACCAGAACACGAACCUGAUGCACGACAAGAGGGUAGUACGUGGUAGCACUUAUGCUUCACAUCCUCAAGCUGCCGGUGAUGGAGUGGAGAGCGCGGCAGCCAGGGCGGCCCGGACCCGGCGCCGGGCGCUGGCGAAACGCGCCGCGGCCGCCCGCCUCAGACCAGGAACUCCGCCCCCGGCCCCCGGUCGGAGACAUCACCCCAUACAAACUGAAUAUUACCUGGAAGAGUUAUUCGACAAAGGCGUUGAAAUGGAAGUCGGUGUACAGACCGAUCUGUUUCUCGAUCGUCCCGCCACUCCAAUAUAUGUUCCCGCCAAAACUGGGGCUGAUGCUAGCACACAGAUCUACCCUGGGGAUCUCUUCGAUUUUGACUUGGAAGUGCAGCCGAUAAUUGAAGUGCUGAUCGGCAAAACGACAGAGCAGGCCUUGGCUGAAGUGGCCCAGGAGGAGGAGCUGGCGACACUGCGCGAGCAGCAGCGCCGGUACUGCGAGCUGCGGGACGCCGAGCGCGCCGAGAGGCAGAGGCUCGCCGCCCAACACCUGAGGCUGCACGAAGAGAAGGAAAGACGGGUCACCGAGGCGGAAGCCGCCCAAAUAGCGGCCAUUGAAGCGAGAGAGCGUACCGCCGCUGCUGUACUCGUGCAAGGAUACAUAGCUGAACUCCUGCCUUCAGUGCUGGCUGGUUUGAGAGACCAAGGAUAUCUGGUGGAGAGAAUAGAGAGAGGAGUCGAUGAAGAGUUCAUGCCUUGGCUGGUGAAGGAAGUGUCACUGGAGAUCGAGUCCAUCAUCACGAGUCGUGACGUCAUCACGGAAAUCGUACGUGACGUGGUGGAAGCCAGAGGAGAACUGUACAGAAACGUUGCUGAGAGAGAGGAGAAUGAACAGGGGAGGAACGAGCCCGAGGACAGCAUCACUCACCCCUCCGCCGUGUCUGAGGAGGGGGAGGAAGAGCAUCUCGAAGAAUGACAAGACGUCGCGAAACAAAUAAUUACCUAAAUUAAACUAAUGAGGUCCUUUAGAGAAUAUGUAGUAUUAUUUAAAAGUAUUUAAAAUAAAUUGUCAAUUUUUUUAUAAGACGAAUAGAAAAUUUGGCUCGUAUUAUUAAAUUCAAUGAGGUUUAUAUAUAAUCAUGUUUAUAAUGUUUAUUUGUGUUGUUGUGCCUUUUUAAAUAUGCACUAGUUUAAAUAUACAUGCAUUAAAUUGGCAUCAAAUCUCUAUUUUGUUUGCAAAACAGUAUGGGUUAAGUAAUUGAUUUGUCAACCGCAGAGAGGAAGGAAGUGAGCAAAGAGGAUACGUUAAUGUCGCUUAUUUAUUCAUAUUAUGCAUAUAUUUUGAGAUCCAGAAUUUGUCACAAAAUAAAUAAUUGUUUGCUGAUAAGUUUCUCACUUUGAUAAAAACUCAAGAACAAACGUUUUAUCACAUUUCAUUUCGCUGCUUUUGAAUAAAAACAUUUUUCAAUACAUACAAUUUUAAUGCUCCAAAAGACAUGAUUAGAGUUUUAACAAUUAACUUCUUUUAAUCAAUAAAUAGGUGUUUUACUAAAAGCGGCCUUAUUUUACUGAUUCUUUUACUUUUUAAUAAUAAUUUAAAAACAAACCCUGCUAUUGCAAGUUACUUCUUUAAAACCUUUUUCUAGUGUCCGUGAUGUAAGCAAUAAACUUUUUAUUCAAUCGGUACCUAAAGAUGAUAAAAGGUUUAUUGUUUUUUUAUAAUUUUUUAACAAAUUAUACAAGUAGAUAGAAUCUAAUUCAGGCCGUAACUGAACAAAUACAAACACAAUGACGCAAAGGUCAACUUUCAUAACCAUGCAAAACCACGUUCUGUCAAUUCUUCCAAAAAACCAAUCCUCUAACCUCUACCUUUGUAGUAAUUGAACGCCAACUUAGAAUAAACUAAUGGGCAUUAACAAAAAUACAUUAGUACUUCGCGAAUCUAUAAUUCAUUUGAGUUUAACGCGAUGUCAGGAGAUAUUUGUUGUGUUAAAGCUUGGCCAUACACAUGCACUUCAUUUCUAUUUACUUGUGUUCGCCCAUACCUUAAUCAUUCAAUCAUGUCCAUUAUAUUUAGUUACACUUUCUUUUUUUUAUUGAUUUUAAAGGUGUAAAAAAAUAAUAUUAUUUCAUAAUUUUCUUAUUUUGAUUGGUAACACAAAAGCUCCUAAAAAAAGGAAAUUCGUUGAGAAACCGGGGAGGACAUGUUAUUUAAUUGGUUUGUGUAUUUUUAAAGAAAAACAAAUAAAUACUUCCAAAUUAUAUAUACUGAUAAGUGGAAUUUGGUUGACAAACACAAAGAAAAAUAACUUUUUUUUCAUAUUUCAAUAAAUAGAUUAAGUCGUUGUCAACAUGCAAAAUUCUUAGAAAAUUCUAGUAGGUACCUACUUACCAGUCAGUAUUAGUGACUUAUUUAGUUAAUAAUUAGAGCAUAUUAUCAAAGUUUAGAAUUUUAUAAACUGUAUUAUAAACUUACGUAGAUGUUAACUGUCUUGUUGAUUUAAAAUAAAGAUUAUUAGUGAA